AGUGUUUGUCAUUGGCGCGUAUUUGAAAAGUAGAUAUAUUACAUAAUUGAUUACUCGUGGGGUUCUGACACUUUGACAGAUCUAGACAGUAAGAUAAUUUGAGCUUUGAAGCAUAAAUUGUGCAUAUAUAUUAGACUCCUAGUAACAAGCUUUCUUCACAAAAAUGGUAGCCAUGGAAGAAUUCAAGCACUUUGUGAUUGUUAAGUUCAAAGAAGGUGUAGUCGUGGAAGACCUCACAAAAGGAAUGGAGAAGCUGGUCUCAGAGAUUGAUCUUGUCAAAUCCUUUGAAUGGGGACAGGAUAUUGAAAGCCUAGAUGUGUUGAGACAAGGCUUCACUCAUGCAUUCUUGAUGACAUUCAACAAGAAAGAAGAUUUUGCUGCAUUUCAGAGCCAUCCAAAUCAUGUUGAGUUUUCUGAAAAGUUUUCUGCAGCUAUUGAGAAUAUUGUGCUACUCGAUUUUCCAUCGACACUUGUGAAGCCGGUGAAGGCGGCAGAAGAAUAAUCUUGAAGAAUGGAGAUUUUUCAGAAAUAAUGAUUUCAUCUUUUUGAAGAUGAAGAAUGUUAAGUGUGUGUGUUUGUGAAUGUAUUUUAGUUGUAUGUUGUUAUUGUUACUAUAUGUGCGAUUUGAAUUGACAAUGGUGUUUCUAAA